UGAGUAUCAGAUUACGUUUACAAAUGAAAUCAUCGAACCGGGAAUGGAUCGCAUACAAAUCCGGAAGAGAAAUAUAUAUAAAGCAAUCAAUAUCGUUACCUGAAUUUUGUCAACUUUGUUUAUUCUACUAAGUUUGAAUAAAGUAAUAUGUGUUUCUUUAAGCAAUCGACUCACACUUUAUGAAAUGAAAUUUAUAGAAUGGAUAGUUCAUAUAAUAACUGUUUAACUUCAUUAUGGAUACUCUUUAUACUGAGUUCAACAAAAUAUAGUAAAGCCGACAGAUGCUCUUUUGAAGCGGGUACGUGUGAGUGGAGGAAUGUCCAAGAAAGAGAUCACUUUGACUGGGGCGUGGGAGAUUGUAGACAUUUUAUAGACACGAACACGGACGAAAAUAAAACUGGUACAAAUAAUUGUGCAUUUAUUGAAUCUUUUGGACCGAACUCUACAAGAAACAGAGCAAUGUUAAGACGACCACUGAGCAAAACACCUGUUGUUAUUUCAUUUCAAGCUUUUACAAACACCGAUGCUGGAACAAUUCGAGUGUUCUUGAAUACAUCUAAUACUUAUGAGCUAAUCUGGACCUCCUUAUACGGUAUGAAGAGAGACACGUGGGUUCAUCAGCAACUUAAUUUCUUCGGAAUAGAAUCGCAAUUUUGGGUGAUAUUUGAAGCAGAAAGAGCGUUUACCCCCGAUUUUGAACACAAUAAAGUGGCAGUAGAUGAUAUUACUGUUGAUCAUAUCAACUUUAUUCAAAAUAUACAACUUGUAGACGGUCCUACACCUAUGUCUGGGCGAGUCGAAGUGUUAAUAAAUAGUCGUUGGGGGACUGUUUGUGUGGAUCGAGCCGAUAUUUUCUUUGCCGCGGUUGUUUGCAGAAUGUUAGGAUUUUUAACGAAUAAUGCACAGGUACUAAGUUUGCAAUGGUACCAGCGUGGCGUUGGGACACAGCCGAUAUGGUUAGACCGUGUUACAUGUAAUGGGUCUGAACGCAGACUUGAGGAGUGUAGACGUUCACGUUAUGAUUUCCACGACUGCAAGCAUUCUGAGGAUGUUGGAGUUGCCUGCUAUAAUAAGACAGUCAUUACGGCUAAAACGACUACAACGGCUUCUUUACAAGAAAAUGAACCUGGGAGUCAUACGAAUAACUACAUUUUGAUUAUUGUAUGCAGUUCGAUAGCUGCAGGAAUGUUCUCUAUCGGUCUCUGUUGUUGUGGAUACUGUUGGCAUCGUUAUCAAAUCUUUUCCAAGGACGCAAUAAGACAGCAAAUCAGUCAAACACAAUAUGAGGUGGAAACAAAUGCAAACACUACAAUCACUGUAAAUACCCUGCAGAGUGAUGGAACACACCCCAAACCCGACGACCCACCUCCGCCUUAUUCGGAGAUAUGCUUCUUACCCUCCAACGAUGGAUACACAAUGCAAGCGCACUACCAUCUCUUGUCCGAACCUCCAUCCUAUGAUUAUGUGAUGGCUUCUCCUCGUGAUUACAACGUGCAUUCAUAGAUGAUAAAUUCAAGUGGCCUUUGGAAUUGUUUGGAACGUAGACAUCAAUGUUUUGAAUUACCACUAUACUUGUAAAUACAUGUUAUAUUUUGUAAAUAAAAUGAUUCCUUAAAUAUGCACUCUUACUCCCUAAUAAGAUAUACAAUAAUUGAUAAUUUACCGAAACGAUGACCAAAAAACAAAUGUUCUUACGAAGGAUACCGUUGUUUU